AUCCAAGACUUUCACACCACAACAGUAACGAUUCAAUAGUGCUAUCAUGUCGGCUGGAAAAUUCAUCGUUGUCUUCAAACCAGAAGUCACCCAAGAUGAGAUCACCAAAUACGUUAAUCAAGUUAACACUAAUGGCGGCGAGGUCACCCACCGCUACGAUUCAGUCCUCAAUGGAUUUGCCGCCACAUUGACUCCGGAGUCUCUCCAAUCUUUCCAAUCUCUCACAGGCGGUGUGAUCGCCUACAUCGAACCCGAUGGCAUCGUCACUACCCAGUAAAUAGCGAUAGCCAACUCAGUCAAUGUACUUGUCACUAUCUGAUUAGAUCAACAAGGUCUUGUAUCCGUAUUUCACUAUGCGCCUUUGGAAAACUUCGUGUAUUGGCAAGAAUUAUAAUGAAAUGUAU